GGUGUGGCGAUAUACGGUGGCUGGUGGGGCUCGCGCCGGAGGCGGCACUGUCAGUGGCGGGAUGGAGUCGGUGGUGUUCAUUUUUUCGCUCAUUGAUUGCUGCGCCCUGAUUUUCCUCUCCGUUUAUUUCAUAAUUACACUAUCAGAUUUGGAAUGUGACUACAUUAAUGCUAGAUCUUGCUGCUCAAAACUAAAUAAAUGGGUGAUCCCUGAAUUGAUUGGCCAUACCAUUGUCACUGUAUUAAUGCUUAUUUCACUGCACUGGUUCAUCUUCCUCCUCAAUUUACCUGUAGCAACCUGGAAUAUAUAUAGGUACAUUAUGGUUCCCAGUGGAAACAUGGGAGUAUUUGACCCCACAGAGAUCCAUAAUCGAGGGCAGCUGAAAUCGCACAUGAAGGAAGCCAUGAUUAAGCUUGGCUUUCAUCUCCUUUGUUUUUUCAUGUAUCUUUACAGUAUGAUCUUGGCGCUGAUAAAUGACUGAAGUCGCAGUAGAAGUGUUACAGUUGCCAAAUUCUGAGCUGUCACAGCUUUCAAGCAAACCUAGACCAGUGUCGUCAUUGCAGUAUAUUUUUUCCUCUUUGAACAAAAAAUAUUUUUGCUGUAUUUUUUAACAUAAAAAAUAUUUAAAAAACCAA